AUAAGUAUGAAAGCACAUGAUGUCUAUAAUGAAUCAGCAGCGAUAAGGCAAGAUAGGCUGCAGGCUAUCAUCUAUGUCAGGUCGCAGAGUCUCAAAUUGGAUGUUAACAACAGGCUUAAGCUUCAAACCGGAUAGCUGAUUGUUCUUGAACCCUUGAAUGGCUAAAUUAUCGGGGAGAUUGAAGUUUGGUUUCCGAAUGAUAUCAAAUCCAAAGAACUCUCGAGGAAUGAUGAAUUCAUCAAGAGCCUUAAUGGCCUGUUCAAAGCUACUGAAGAUUUUGUUAAACUCUUUUCUUAGUUU